GCUCGCUUGCCAAUCGGAAGCGCCAGCCCUGAGCCAGGGAAGCGGCUGCAGAGGUUGCUCUGUCCCGCUGCCCGCCAGGCGGUUGGCUCCUGCUCCGGGCCCGGGCCACCGGCUGUGAACUUCGAAAUGAGCGUCCCCGACUACAUGCAGUGUGCAGAGGACCACCAGACUCUGCUCGUGGUGGUCCAGCCGGUCGGCAUCGUCUCUGAAGAGAACUUCUUCCGGAUCUACAAGAGGAUCUGCUCCGUGAGCCAGAUCAGCGUGCGAGACUCCCAGCGAGUGCUCUACAUCCGCUACAGGCACCACUACCCGCCCGAGAACAACGAGUGGGGUGACUUCCAGACGCACCGUAAGGUCGUGGGCCUCAUCACCAUCACAGACUGCUUCUCGGCCAAGGACUGGCCGCAGACAUUUGAGAAGUUCCACGUGCAGAAGGAGAUCUACGGCUCCACGCUGUACGACUCCCGGCUCUUCGUCUUUGGGCUUCAGGGGGACAUUGCGGAGCAGCCCCGCACUGACGUGGCCUUCUACCCCAGCUACGAGGACUGCGAGACGGUGGAGAAGAGAAUUGAGGACUUCAUUGAAUCGCUCUUCAUUGUGCUUGAGUCCAAGCGUCUGGACAGAGCCACCGACAAGUCUGGGGACAAGAUCCCCCUUCUCUGUGUCCCGUUUGAGAAAAAGGACUUUGUAGGACUGGACACAGACAGCAGACAUUACAAGAAGCGGUGCCAAGGACGCAUGCGGAAACACGUGGGGGACUUAUGCCUUCAGGCGGGGAUGCUGCAGGACUCCCUGGUGCAUUACCACAUGUCGGUGGAACUGCUCCGCUCUGUGAAUGACUUUCUGUGGCUGGGAGCUGCCCUUGAAGGGUUGUGUUCAGCUUCUGUCAUUUACCACUAUCCUGGUGGGACUGGUGGUAAGAAUGGAGCUCGGCGGUUCCAGGGCAGCUCACUUCCUGCUGAAGCAGCCAACAGACACCGGCCAGGGGCACAAGAAGUUCUCAUUGAUCCAGGUGCCCUCACCACCAAUGGCAUAAAUCCUGACACCAGUGCUGAAAUUGGACGUGCUAAAAACUGUCUCAGCCCCGAAGACAUAAUUGACAAAUAUAAAGAGGCCAUUUCUUAUUACAGCAAGUAUAAGAAUGCUGGAGUGAUUGAAUUGGAAGCAUGUGUCAAAGCAGUACGUGUCCUUGCAAUUCAGAAGCGGAGCAUGGAAGCCUCAGAAUUUCUUCAGAAUGCGGUUUACAUUAAUCUCCGACAGCUUUCUGAGGAAGAAAAAAUCCAGCGAUACAGCAUCCUCUCUGAGCUCUACGAGCUGAUCGGCUUUCAUCGCAAGUCAGCGUUCUUCAAGCGCGUGGCUGCCAUGCAGUGCGUGGCCCCGAGCAUCGCAGAGCCUGGGUGGAGGGCCUGCUACAAACUCCUCCUGGAGACGCUUCCUGGCUACAGUCUGUCUCUGGAUCCAAAAGACUUUAACAGAGGUACGCACAGAGGCUGGGCUGCUGUCCAGAUGCGCUUGCUUCAUGAGUUGGUCUACGCCUCCCGCAGAAUGGGGAACCCAGCUCUCUCUGUCAGGCACCUGUCCUUCCUUUUGCAGACCAUGCUGGACUUUUUGUCCGAUCAGGAAAAGAAAGACGUGACUCAAAGCCUAGAAAAUUAUACCUCCAAGUGUCCUGGGACCAUGGAGCCCAUCACCCUGCCAGGGGGCCUCACCCUGCCCCCAGUGCCCUUUACCAAGCUGCCCAUCGUCAGGCGUGUGAAACUGUUGAACCUUCCUGCCAGCCUGCAGCCACACAAGAUGAAAAACUUGCUGGGUCAGAACGUGUCGACCAAGAGUCCUUUCAUCUAUUCGCCAAUUAUUGCACACAGCCGUGGAGAAGAGCGGAACAAGAAAAUAGAUUUCCAGUGGGUUCAAGGAGACGUCUGUGAAGUUCAGCUGAUGGUAUACAACCCUAUGCCCUUUGAACUUCGAGUGGAAAACAUGGGGCUUCUCACCAGCGGCGUGGAGUUUGAAUCUCUUCCUGCAGCGCUCUCCCUUCCGGCUGAGUCUGGCCUGUACCCUGUGACGCUCGUCGGGGUCCCACAGACGACUGGCACAAUUACUGUGAAUGGCUACCACACCACGGUCUUUGGUGUCUUCAGUGAUUGCUUGCUGGACAGCCUCCCAGGAGUAAAAACCGGUGGCUCCACAGUUGAAGUCAUUCCUGCUUUGCCAAGACUACAGAUCAGCACUCCUCUGCCCAGAUCUGCACAUUCAUUGCAGCCCUCUUCUGGUGAUGAAAUAUCUACCAAUGUAUCUGUCCAGCUUUACAAUGGAGAAACUCAGCAAGUUAUCAUUAAAUUGGAAAAUAUUGGAAUGGAGCCAUUGGAGAAACUGGAAGUCAGCUCAAAAAUUCUCACCACCAAAGAAAAAUUAUAUGGUGACUUCUUGAGCUGGAAGCUGGAAGAAACCCUUGCCCAGCUCCCGCUGCAGCCUGGGAAGGUGGCCACUCUCACCAUCAGCAUCAGAGUGAAGCUGGAUUUCUCCUGCCAGGAGAACCUCCUCCAGGACCUUAGCGACGAUGGAAUCAGUGUGAGUGGCUUUCCUCUGUCCAGUCCUUUCCGACAGGUCGUUCGGCCCCGAGUGGAGAGCAAGCCUGUGAACCCACCUGAGAGCAGCAGAGCUGGCGACUUCAGCCAUGUGAAGACCCUGGAAGCUAUCCUGAAUUUCAAGUACUCUGGAGGCCCCGGCCACGUUGAAGGCUAUUAUAGGAACCUGUCCAUGGGGCUACACGUCGAAGUGGAGCCGUCUGUAUUUUUCACCCGCGUCAGUACACUCCCAGCAACCAGCACCCGGCAGUGCCACCUGCUCCUGGACGUCUUCAACUCCACUGAGCAUGAGCUGACUGUCAGUGCCAGGAGCAACGAAGAGCUUGUCCUGCAUGCCGGCGAGUGCCAGCGAAUGGCGAUUCAAGUGGACAAGUUCAACUUUGAGAGUUUCCCAGAAUCCCCUGGGGAGAAGGGGCAACUUGCAAGUCCAAAGCAGCUGGAAGAGGAGCGGCAGGAAGCCCGAGGCCUGGAGAUCAGCAGCAGACUGGACAUUCGCUGGGGCAUCCCCUCUCUGAAACGCAGUGGCGAGGCAAGUGUGGAAGGACUCCUGAACCAGCUCGUGCUGGACCACCUACAGCUGGCUCCGCUGCAGUGGGAUGUGCUAGUGGAUGGACAGCUGUGUGACUGUGAGGCUGCAGCAGCCUGCCAGGUGGGUGACCCUGUGCACCUGGAGGUGCGGCUGACCAACCGGAGCCCACGCAGUGUGGGGCCCUUCGCCCUCACUGUGGUCCCCUUCCAGGACCACCAGAACGGCGUGCACAACUACGACCUGCACAACAUCACCUCCUUUGUGGGCUCCAGCACCUUCCACCUGGAUGCGGUGCAGCCAUCGGGCCAGUCGGCCUGCCUCGGGGCACUCCUCUUCCUCUACACGGGUGACUUCUUCCUCCACAUCCGCUUCCAUGAGGACAGCACGAGCAAGGAGUUGCCGCCCUCGUGGUUCUGUCUGCCCAGUGUGCAUGUGCGUGCCCUGGAGGCGCAGGCCUGAGCCCAUUCUGGACCCUGCCUGGCCCCCCACUCCUAUGUUGGGCAAAGCCUUCCCCACAGCUCCUGUGUCCUCCUCUCCUCCUGCCCCCAUAAGCCCUCUCCUGCCCUCUCUCUGGCAAUGUCUAUUCUGGGCUAAGCAGGACCUGCAGGCACGGCAGCCUCACACUGUCCAUGCUGUCCACUGGGGCCCCCAUGCAGAUGCUGUACUACCUAACCCCCAGAGGAUGGCACGUGCCCAGACCUGGUCCAGGGAGCCCUUGCACCUAUUCCUGUUACCUGGGCCCCCCAGCCCUGCCCUGCCACUCUCACCACUUUGGCUGUAGGAAAAAAAAGUAAGCAUGAGGGUGAGGCCACCCAUGGACUUGGGGAGCCUCCCCAUACACUUGGAAUGCCCUGGGCUCCCAUCAGCAGCCCAGGUGGGAGAGAUGGCAUCGUGGAGAUGGAUUCAUGGGUGGCUGACACCAAGAGGGGCAGCCAAAUGUCCAGGCUGGUGCCAGCUGUUCUAAAGCCGAGGGAUGCUCAUGGAUGCUCUCUUGCCCAGGUUAGGCUCUGGGUGCUGUGGCCUGUGUGUUCUGUCUGUACCAAGUACUUCAAUAAAAGGCCUGACCCCCCCCC